AGUGAACUAGUAAACAUAAACAGGUUAUACAUCUGACCAAAAGAUUAGGCACAUUUCAGUUUGAGUGACGACACUAGCUCAUUAACGUAUCGCAAUACAAGAAUCAUGCUAUAUUUUCUAAUUGCAGUUGGGCUAACUCUACUGAGCGCAACAGAAUUCUAUACAGUUAAAGUUGGAGCGACACUAACCGAUGAUGAUUUCACGCAACUUACAUUAACUGUCGAAACACUUUCAGUCACGGUUAACGAACAGCAACAACGCAUAGGAGACCAAGAUAGGGAAAUCGCUGUGCUGAAACAAAAUGACAUCGAAUUGAAAACCCUAGUUGCACAGUUGAAAGAGAAAUGUGAAGAUAAAUGUAAGGGAGUUCGUGGGCAGCGUGGUAUUCAUAGAAGGAGGGGGGUUAAAGGGGAACCCGGUGUGACAGGUGCAAAUGGUCCAAAGGGGCCGAAGGGAGAUAAGGGUGACAUUGGACGGAAUGGUCUCCCUGGUGCAGAUGGUGAAAAGGGUGAUAGAGGAGAAGCUGGCGUUUCAGUCCAAGGACCACCUGGUCCACCAGGACGACGUGGAAAAAGGGGUAGACCAGGGAAAAGGACAGACAUUUGUCAAUGGAGGAAGUGGUCGGAGUGGCAAAUUGGCGAAUGUUCUAAGUCGUGUGGAACUGGGACACGUCUCAAUGUACGAACUAGGAAAUAUACACAUUGUGUGUCUGGUACAUCGACAGAAACCAGGAGCGAAGCAUGUAACACGUCACCAUGUCCAGUUCCUUCGACGACACCAGAGCCGUUGCUAAGCAGUAUGAACUUCAGACCAAUGCCUAACCCUGAAUCCACUUUGAUCAAAUUUGAGCAGGGGAGACCAUCCAGCUAUAAGCCUUACACAGAUCAUAUUAAUUCAUUCUUAGAACAAUAUGAGAAUGAAAAUCAGGUUCGCGAAAACUUCAUUGAUUGUUCCUAUGGUGCAAGAACUGAUUCUGAGAAGGUUUGUAGAUUUGAUGUGAGCAAUCUUGGUCCAGAAUGCGUUUGGCAAAGGGAUUUUGGAUAUGAAGAGGCAAGACCAUGUGUACUCCUUAUGCUAAACAAGAUCUAUGACUGGGUACCAGAACCCCUCAUCAACCCCAAUGUAACUGGAGAUCCGGGUAAAUAUAGGAAUACAGAUGUAAUGAUCACAUGCCACGGAGAGAGCCCAGCUGAUGACGAAAACAUGGGACCCGUAAAAUUCUGGCCAGCUGCUGGUAUGCCAUUCGAGUUUUUCCCCUACAGAAACCAGCCCGGAUAUAAAUCUCCUCUAGUUAUGGCACAGUUUUUGCGGCCAGCAUAUGGCGUGGUUAUCCAAGUCAGAUGUAUGGCCUGGGCGAACAACAUCUACCACGACACAACUGAUAAAAUGGGCAGUGUGAAUUUUGA